ACUUUGGUAGAUUCAAAACAGAGUUCAUAGCCAAACUCAGCUUCAUCCCAUUGACAGAAGAUUUCCCUCGCAGGACACAGCCUUCGAAGUUGAGACCUUUUGUCUUGGAUUCGUCGUUUCCUUUCAUGGGUUUUUUCUCGAAUCUUCGAGGACCCAGAAUUGGAUCGACCCAUGAUGGAUUAGCCAAGCCCAAUGGCUCUUCUUCUUCUUCUUCGUCUUCGUCGUCGUCGUCUGUGAAGAGGAAAUUAUCGAGCUUGUUGCCAAUAUGCGUGGUUUUAGUGGUUAUAAUCGAGAUCGGGUUUCUGGGUCGUCUCGAUAACGCAGCUAUCGUCGAUACCUUGACCGAUUUCUUCUCGGUCUCGCGGAUUCCAUCGUCUUCGCGCUCCGACCUGAAGACCGGGAUCGCGUCGGAGAGCUGUGAGGAGUGGUUGGAGAGAGAGGAUUCGGUGGUUUAUUCUAGGGAUUUCACAAAGGAUCCCGUCUUCGUCUCUGGUGGUGAAAAGGAGUUUCAGACAUGUUCUGUUGACUGUACAUUUGGAUUCAGUUCAGACAAGAAACCUGAUGCGGCUUUCGGAUUAGGUCAUCAGCCCGGAACACUCAGUAUAAUCCGUUCCAUGGAGUCAGCACAGUACUACCAAGAGAAUGAUCUCUCUCAGGCACGCCGGAGGGGAUACGAUGUUGUGAUGACCACCAGUCUCUCAUCUGAUGUUCCUGUCGGGUAUUUUUCGUGGGCUGAAUAUAAUAUCAUGGCUCCACCGUUACCAAAGACCGAGAAAGCUCUUGCAGCUGCUUUUAUCUCCAACUGCGGGGCUCGGAAUUUCCGGCUACAGGCACUUGAAGCCCUAAUGAAGCAUUUCAAGAUUGAUUCUUAUGGUGGUUGCCACCGGAACCGGGAUGGAAGAGUGGAUAAGGUUGAAGCUCUUAAACGCUACAAAUUCAGUUUGGCUUUCGAGAAUUCCAAUGAGGAGGAUUACGUCACCGAGAAGUUCUUCCAGUCUCUUGUUGCCGGAUCUGUCCCGGUUGUUGUUGGUGCUCCAAACAUCGAAGAAUUCGCUCCAGCUCCCGGCUCGAUCCUCCACAUUAAGAAUAUGGACGAUGUUAAGCCAGUCGCAAAGAGAAUGAAGUAUCUCGCAACUAACCCCGAAGCCUAUAAUCAGACUCUAAGGUGGAAAUAUGAGGGCCCUUCAGAUUCUUUCAAGGCGUUAGUCGAUAUGGCGGCUGUACACUCAUCUUGCCGUCUCUGCAUAUUCUUGGCGACGAAAAUCCGGGAAGAGGAAGAAGAAAAGAGCCCUAAGUUCAAGAAAAGGCUGUGCAAGUGCACCAGUGGACAAGAGACUGUAUACCAUUUGUAUGUAAGAGAAAGGGGUCGCUUCGACAUGGAAUCCAUCUUCUUGAGGAGCGGAAAUCUGACUCUAGAGGCUCUGAAAUCUGCGAUUCUCGAGAAAUUCAAGUCUAUGAAGCAUGAGCCGGUGUGGAAGAACGAACGGCCUAGAGGUUUAAGAGGAGAAGACGACGAGCUGAGAGUGUAUCGGAUAUACCCUCUUGGCCUCACUCAACGAGACGCGUUGUAUAACUUCAGAUUCGAGGGCGGGGACUCGGGUUUCAGGACACACUUGGAGAGUAACCCUUGUGCCCGAUUUGAAGUCAUCUUCGUCUAGUUGUCUGGACAUUUACAUGAGAAAAAGAAGACGCUUCAAGUGAGGAAUGUGGUUUUUAGCUUUAGGAAGGCAACUGGUAGCAUGGAGAUGUUUUUGGUAGAUGUAAGAUCUGAUAAUAUGAUUCUCGGUUAUUGUAUUAUUAUAUUUUUUUUAUAUUACAUAUUGUUGGAUUA